AUGUGGGUCACAUCAGUGGUGGGCCUAGAGCCAGACCCCUCAAUGGGGGUCACAUCAGUGGUGGGCCUAGAGCCAGACCCCUCAAUGUGGGUCACAUCAGUGGUGAGCCUAGAGCCAGACCCCUUCAAUGUGGGUCACAUCAGUGGUGAGCCUAGAGCCAGACCCCUCAAUGUGGGUCACAUCAGAGGUGGGCCUAGAGCCAGACCCCUCAAUGUGGGUCACAUCAGUGGUUGGCUUUAUGGGGGUCACAUCAGUGGUGAGCCUAGAGCCAGACCCCUCAAAGUGGGUCACAUCAGUGGUUGGCUCUAUGGGGGUCACAUCAGUGGUAGGCCUAGAGCCAGACCCCUCAAUGUGGGUCACAUCAGUGGUUGGCUUUAUGGGGGUCACAUCAGUGGUGAGCCUAGAGCCAGACCCCUCAAAGUGGGUCACAUCAGUGGUUGGCUCUAUGGGGGUCACAUCAGUGGUGAGCCUAGAGCCAGACCCCUCAAGGUGGGUCACAUCAGUGGUAGGCCUAGAGCCAGACCCCUCAAUGUGGGUCACAUCAGUGGUUGGCUUUAUGGGGGUCACAUCAGUGGUGAGCCUAGAGCCAGACCCCUCAAGGUGGGUCACAUCAGUGGUAGGCCUAGAGCCAGACCCCUCAAUGUGGGUCACAUCAGUGGUUGGCUUUAUGGGGGUCACAUCAGUGGUGAGCCUAGAGCCAGACCCCUCAAAGUGGGUCACAUCAGUGGUUGGCUUUAUGGGGGUCACAUCAGUGGUGAGCCUAGAGCCAGACCCCUCAAUGUGGGUCACAUCAGUGGUUGGCUCUAUGGGGGUCACAUCAGUGGUGAGCCUAGAGCCAGACCCCUCAAAGUGGGUCACAUCAGUGGUUGGCUCUAUGGGGGUCACAUCAGUGGUGAGCCUAGAGCCAGACCCCUCAAGGUGGGUCACAUCAGUGGUGGGCCUAGAGCCAGACCCCUCAAGGUGGGUCACAUCAGUGGUGAGCCUAGAGCCAGACCCCUCAAUGUGGGUCACAUCAGUGGUUGGCUCUAUGGGGGUCACAUCAGUGGUAGGCCUAGAGCCAGACCCCUCAAUGUGGGUCACAUCAGUGGUUGGCUUUAUGGGGGUCACAUCAGUGGUGAGCCUAGAGCCAGACCCCUCAAUGUGGGUCACAUCAGUGGUUGGCUCUAUGGGGGUCACAUCAGUGGUAGGCCUAGAGCCAGACCCCUCAAUGUGGGUCACAUCAGUGGUUGGCUUUAUGGGGGUCACAUCAGUGGUGAGCCUAGAGCCAGACCCCUCAAAGUGGGUCACAUCAGUGGUUGGCUCUAUGGGGGUCACAUCAGUGGUGAGCCUAGAGCCAGACCCCUCAAGGUGGGUCACAUCAGUGGUUGGCUUUAUGGGGGUCACAUCAGUGGUAGGCCUAGAGCCAGACCCCUCAAUGUGGGUCACAUCAGUGGUUGGCUUUAUGGGGGUCACAUCAGUGGUGAGCCUAGAGCCAGACCCCUCAAUGUGGGUCACAUCAGUGGUGAGCCUAGAGCCAGACCCCUCAAUGUGGGUCACAUCAGUGGUGGGCCUAGAGCCCGACCCCCAAUGUGGGUCACAUCAGUGGUGGGCCUAGAGCCAGACCCCUCAAUGUGGGUCACAUCAGUGGUUGGCUUUAUGGGGGUCACAUCAGUGGUGAGCCUAGAGCCAGACCCCUCAAAGUGGGUCACAUCAGUGGUUGGCUCUAUGGGGGUCACAUCAGUGGUAGGCCUAGAGCCAGACCCCUCAAGGUGGGUCACAUCAGUGGUGGGCCUAGAGCCAGACCCCUCAAUGUGGGUCACAUCAGUGGUGAGCCUAGAGCCAGACCCCUCAAUGUGGGUCACAUCAGUGAUGGGCCUAGAGCCAGACCCCUCAAUGUGGGUCACAUCAGUGGUUGGCUUUAUGGGGGUCACAUCAGUGGUAGGCCUAGAGCCAGACCCCUCAAGGUGGGUCUGA